AGACGAGAGGAAGACAAAGAGAGACGAGAGGAAGACAAAGAGAGACGAGAGGAAGACAAAGAGAGACGAGAGGAAGACAAAGAGAGACGAGAGGAAGACAAAGAGAGACGAGAGGAAGACAAAGAGAGACGAGAGGAAGACAAAGAGAGACGAGAGGAAGACAAAGAGAGACGAGAGGAAGACAAAGAGAGACGAGAGGAAGACAAAGAGAGACGAGAGGAAGACAAAGAGAGACGAGAGGAGGCAGAUGA